AUGUAUCUGGAUAUUCAGUCUCGAACAGCGUUCACUGUGCGAGAAGAAGAGCUUCUGAGAGGUCUGGACAUUGGCAGUAAUUCAUGUCCUGACAGAGCUAUGAUGGAGGAAUUAAUAAAGAAGUACCCGGAAGAUUUCCACUCUGCUCGCACACCACAAUCUCUGUUGGAUCAUUGGCACAUAUUGAACUCGUAUGGCAUACUAACGCCAGGACCGCAGUCAGCGACCAUUGACUGGGAACUACUGGAGCGCACAUACGACCUUACCGGAAGAGUUAACUUCGACGAGACGCGAGCACUGAACGCAGCCGCCGCGUGCGACGCCCGCGAACAAGAAUAUGCACGAGUCGUUGUGCAACCCGUCACGGGCAUCUGCAGCCCGGCAACUGACGUUCGCGCCACUCUUCGCGGUCGUGUCGUUCGAUACCUCGUUAGGACAGAUCGCGUCGUCCUCGGUCGCAGUACCCCCCGUGAUCCCGUAGAUCUUGAUCUUGCUCUUGAGGGCCCCGCAGAGAAAGUAUCACGAAAACAAGCUGUGAUAGCUCGAGAUCCGUCGACAGGACAGUUUGAAAUGACGAACGUUGGAGCUCGAACAAUCUUCGUAGAUGGGAAGGCGCUCGGAACGAACAACCGUACCCGUCUCGUCGACAACUCGAUCGUUCAGAUCGCCAUCAUUCGCCUUGUAUUCCGAAUUGGCCAAUAA